AUGGCCGACGAAAGCUACUCCCCCAUCUGGCAACACACCAUCCCCACCCUCUCCCUCACCCACCCCUUCCUCCUCUCCGGACUCCUCGCAAUCACCUCGCUCCACCUCUCCAUGACACAUCCCUCAACGACACACAGCAAACAAACACUCAAACACCACACGCAAGCCCUCGCCCUGUUCCGACAGGAACUCACAGAUAUGACACCCGAAGAUACGGCGGGCAUAUUCUCAUUAUCAAUCCUCAUCCCCAAGUUUGCAUUCGGAGUCCGACAUACGCGGAUGAGGAAGACGAAUGAUGUGGUGGAUGAGAUAUGUGAGAUUCUCGCGUUGAUGAAGGGGGUUGGGGUUGUGGUUAAGAGGGGAGGACACUGGUUAAGUCAGUCAUUAUACAAGGCUCGGUUUUUGCCCGCUCCUUGUAAUGGGCUUGGGACUCCUCUUCCUGGGACUUCUCUUCCCGCGACUAUCGCCAAAUCUCCCGUUUUACUUUCAUCCCGUAAUCAAGAGUUGUAUUGA